AUGGCGGCGGCAGAGUCGAAGCCGGAGAACGGCUCGCGUGAAACGGCCGCGAAAUGCGACAAUUCGAGGGCCGACUCGCGCGCCAAUAAAGACUGUUAUGAGUUCAGAUUAUUGGACGCCCUUUUCUAUAUCUUCUCAAUUGGCACUUUCCUCGCAGAUCUCGUAACAGGUGGCUUGGUGGUUGCCUACUAUUUUGCCAGUGGCCACACGUCUUGGGCAUACUUUACGCUCGAUCUUAUGCUAGUCCCAGCAAUUAUAAUUCAACUAUUUAGCUUGAGAUGGCAUCAAACCGAUGGCUCAUUAAAGAUCAGCCAUUGGGUAUCGCAUGUUUUAAUCAUGGGAACGGUUCAGAGGUACCUAAUGCUAUUAUGUGCGGCGAUAAAAUAUUUGUUAAGCAAACACUCGACGAUAGACAAAAAUUGGGUGCAGAGGCAACACAGCGACAUUUGCAUGCUGCACUUAUUUGAGUCCUUCGUCAAGGCUGCACCGCAGUUGCUUUUGCAGCUCUACAUCAUGAGCAUCCUCCAAUUUAUACCACUUUGGACAAGUCUCUCUGCAGCUUCCUCGCUGUGUUCCUUGGCAUGGGCUGUGGCAUCUUACACGAAGGCAAUGUACUCCGUGCAUUCGAGCGAGUGCAAAGUGAUUUGGCCUGCCCUCGCUCUUCAAGUUCUCUGGCGAAGUGGGAUGCUGGCUUCCCGGGUUGCAGCACUGGUGGUCGCUGCGAUCUGCCUGGGCAGAUGGUUCUUCCUGUUCAUCGGUGGAAACUGGAUGUGCAUGACGGCAUGGGUGAUCCUGCAGAAGACGAACUUCUGUCCGACCGUUUGGGAGGAGCGGGUCUACAACGGUGUGAUCGGCGCUAUCUACUGCUUCGAGUUCUUCAACCUGCGAGAGGGUCACUCACGGUACAGGAUCCUGGCGUUCUACUCGAUCACCGUGGCACAGAACACGGUGUUCUUAACGGCGUACGCGGUGCACCCCUCGAGAGGUACCCCGAGGACCGACGUUCUGAUAGCAGCGGGUUCCCUGAUAAUAGGUGGGACCCUUCUGGGACUGGGGAGCAUGCUGCUAUAUUAUGGAAAAUUCCACGCAACCGGGAGAUCGCGCUCUUGUAGGAACCUGAAGACGGAUCCCGAAUUGGCUCCGAGAGGGGCAUUAGAGAAAACCGGGACCCUGAGAUCCCUGAAGGGUCAGUGGCACGGCUCAGUGGUCGAUCUACCCUCCGUCGUGGCCGGGUCUCAUGGGAUAGCCCUGUCCGAGGAGGUCACUGCGGACAAGAAGUCUCUGCUGACGAAUAUCGUGCAGAACACGGAGUUUGUCGAGGAGGGCAUAGUCAAUUCUAGCUGUGACCUGGUCGACGAAGUGGAUGUUCCCGGCCAGACGGGGAAGCAUGCGGAAUUGGUCGAGGGCUCGGAGCGACUCAGCCCACGUGCCUGCCAGCUGAAGGUGGACGCGGCCGUCGAGGAGGCUUCUCCAGAGGACGACUACGUAGACUGCGACAACCCGGAAACUCUGCUGCGGCAGAAACGCCGCGGAAUCUGCCUGCCGGUCGAGCUGGGCCUGGAGACGUACGACUCGGCGUCUGGGGAUCCGAAUUCUAGCCUCCGGUCGCAGAAACGCCGAGGUAUCUGCUCCUCGGCCCAGCUGGGCCUGGAGCUGGUCACCGACGAGGACAACUACGUGGAGAGGAGCUUCAGGAGCUUCGAGAGGCGGAAACCCCUCCUGGACGCGGUCUCCGAGCUUGAACUCAAGCUGAGGGAUCUCCAGGACGAGGGAGGCAGCAGCGUUGGGGCCGACGUGGACGACGAAGAAAACAAAGGAGACGCGAGGUUCCCGGAGGGUACGGUGGACCCUAUCGCCGAGGCGAUCAAGGACCGGGAGCGACUGAAUACUCCGGCGACCUCGGAGAAGUCCACGGACAAGGAGAAACCAUCACGGGAGGAGAUGUCGCAGAAAGAGGAGACGAUGAGCCAUGUAACGUCCGUCCACGAUUACGAAAACGUGUGCCCGCUAGGCAUCGCUAGGCCGCCCUGGUGCAUAAGGAGCUGGAAGGGUUAUACGGACAUCGAGACCUACAUCCAUGACGACAGCGUGGUCAGGGACCGACGCAGAGACACCCUGACGAGCUCGGCGACCGGUACCACGUUCAGCUCCGAGUUUUCCGAGGCGACCUGCACGAGUCCUCCGGCUCCGAGAAGAGCAGCGAAGAGGUCUAGGCAAGACGACUACCUAGAUACGUUGCUGUACGACCUGGUGGACUGGGAGGCAAGCGCGGCUAUUAACGGGGACUCGAUCAGGCCAGGCGAGGUCGAGGUCGAGAUAGAGACCGAGCAAGAGGCCAACCUAUUCGUGGCAAGGCCCGUGGUCAUCGACGAGAAGGGCGGCAUGUUCUCUCUGGACACAAUCCUGGAGGAGAGGGAGGAUUCUAACGCGAACGCGAAUGCGGACCAGGCCAACGGCUUCGACCCGACCCUUGCGAGCGGAUGUCCCAUUAGCACCCUAGUGGCCACCAUCGACGAGAUCAGGCGGUGCGCAGCGGAGAACUCUCCGAGGCACGUCUAUCAUAGAACGGAGUCGCAGUGGGAGGACCUGGAUCCGAGAGUUCUCCUGAGGAAAGCUCAUCUAACGAAGGUGCUCUUCGCUGGGGACAGCGGGGAGGCGAUCGCACGUAGGAGUGGCUUUCUAGGUCCCGGUGUACCCGUUCUCAGGGACGGUCGUUCUACGGGAAGGAACGAGGACCGACUCGACGUGGUCAGGGAGAUGGCCAGAUGUCGGUCCACCGGCUCUGCUGGGAGGACUCCGCUGAUCAACGCCAUCCUCUCUGACUCGCCGGUCCUUGGGCCUAGAGCGAAGGUGCAGAAGUACCGAGCAGAACGUCCUAGCGAGAAUCGUACCUCUAGUCUUAACGAGCACGUAUACUCAGAGGUGACCUCCUUGGGGGCAGAGAGGCUCGCUGGGGAGGGUGCCCGAAUGGCCCCGAGGAGGAGCUCCUUCGGGAGCGAAUCUUCGGGCUCCAGUAGCCCGAGUCCUGGAUACGGAACCGACCCCCGGGAUCCGGAGGAAAGAACGGAGGCACUGGUGGAAGGGAACAGGACCAGGUCUCCGCUUCUUGGAGCAGAGGGAGGUCCUGGGUCCGAAGACCUCAGGGAAUCUCACUUCACCGCUCCCGAGACGGCUCUUCAACUUCGACUACCGGCUCACUCGGCAGGGGCCUUCGCCGCUUCUGGCGAAAAACGAAGAGCCAUCGCGACGACGAUCGGCACCGCGACUACGAGUAAUCGACCCAGAAGGAAGUUUUCGCUCCUCAGAGAGAGGUUCGAGCCCAGGUCGGAGAGGAGGGUCUACGCGGUGAACCCGAAGAGCCAUCUUCCGAGAUCGGAGGCGAAUCCACCCGCUGGGGCCCACGACAAGGAGAACUGGACCCCGGCUGUGGUCAGCAGAAUCGACAGCUGGAACAGCUUCAUCAGGGAUCGGAAUGGUCUUGGCGACAAGGACAAGGAGACUCCUGCUUUGGACGAGUCCACUGGCUUGAAGGAAAGGAGGAGCAUUUUCUUGAAGGAGGUCUUGUCCCCCACGAAGUUCCAGACCUGGGGGAAAAAGAGGACUUUCAGUCCUAACGCCAAACUCGUGCCUAAGGCCUGAUCCUUCGUCCUUUAACGAACGACCUUUCAGGCGGUUAUUUAAUUUCCUUGGUGAAACAGCCUUUGGCUCCCAAGAUUAGCGUCGGUACAUUAGUAAUGUCUUCCAAGAGGUUCUUUUACAUGGAGAAAAAAAAAAGUAACGGCGGGCAACGUGUACAGUGAUCUCGUGGGCAUCGCCAUUAUGAACGUCCUUGAUUGUCACGAAUCGUCCCACCGCCUUGCUAUAGAUAGUUAAGGUAAUUUAGAGAACUCGAUGUGCUGUUCUUUAAAAAAUGACGACCGUUGGAGUACGUUAAAAUUCUGCCCUUAGCGACAAUGCCUUUUUAAAUGUCGGCAGAAACGCGCAGGAGCCGCUGAUUGAAAUUGCGCACGCAUUACUCGUUGACUUUGUUCGACGAUGGCUGUAUCUGUUUUUAUUAUUAUUAUUAUUAUUAUUAUUAUUAUUAUUAUUAUUAUUAUUAUUAUUAUUAUUAUUAUUAUUAUUAUUAUUAUUAUUAUUAUUAUUAUCUUUAAAAAUGAAUUCGAAGAUCUGAGAAAAUCCGUCCACCGUUUCGUGUGUGUACAUAUUAUAUAUAUAUACUUUUCUUUUUACAUAUGUAGAUUAUACACCGUUCCGAUUUUUAUACGCGCUCUACUUGUAGAUAUACUUUAUUAAUCCGUAGGUUUUAAGAGUCGAGAGAAGAUUUCGUACGCCCGUUUAUUAUUUCCUAGAGAUGUAUUUUGGAAAGAUGUAGGCCUGACGAGUGUCGCGGGUAUUUCUGAUAGUGCUGCCUCUACGUUUCUGAAACGUAACUACGCGACUCGUCCGACUGUUUUCCGAAACUCUUGGAGAUCUUUUCAUAACGUGCAAUAGAACGGUUUCCUUCCCGUUGGGACGAGUGGAUUGAUUUUUAAGCGAGAGCAAUUCUCGGGCGAUUCAAGCUUGAUUAUUCAUUCUUAAUAUUCCUACUCGAAGGAAACUGCCCGCAACCGGACUGCCUUAAUGUCAAUAGACAAUUCCUGCCCGCAAAGUGUGUGAUACGACGAUCUCCACGUCCGAGCGAGACGUUAGAGUUGCUAAUAGAGUUACAAAGUGCGAUUUAAGAGUACUUAAAGCCGUAGGAACUUAGUUUCUAUAAUUAACGCGAGAUCCCCUUUAUACGCGAGUAAGUUGUAAGUAUUACAUUGCCUCUGUGAUUAUUAAUAAAUAAUUUUUACAGA